GGCUCCCAAGGUGAUGAUCAACAAAACAAAAUACCCGGACAUAGCAGUGCCUACAUAGUGACACCUGGAAUUGCAAAAAUGGUAUUAAGGUAGGAGAGCCGAUGUAAAUGUCACCGGGUAGAUACCAACGAAGAAAGGUGUUUAGAGCUACAACAGGUCGCCGCGCAACUGACUGCUGUAGCCAAGAACUUGGAUACACACCCGAAACGAGCCAUGUUUCCAAUUGCGAAACGAAAAUGUAACAGAAUUGCACCCAACCAACUUCUGUUACACUCAAUUUCUUCCAGAUUCAAGAUGGAGGGUAGAAAUCGAUUGGCCUCGCUGCCCGACCCGAUUUCUGGCCUCCUGGACGACCCAGGCAUCAUUGCACCAUAGAUACUGUUACGCUUCGAUAGCUAGUCAUAAUGUUCAUUGAUACCGCAGCUGCGAACAGCCGAUCGCGACAGCCACAAGCCGUAUUCUUAACAGGGUAUGCAACUCAAGACCGAGAACCUCAAACACCAUUACUAGACGAAUCCCUCGACUCUCGCGAUGCACCACCGACGUACCUCGAGGCUACGACACCAGGCCUCUACCAUGGGAGACCGAGUGGUGAAGAGGGUGCAAACUUGCUGAAUGGUGAGGAACAGGAGUACAAGCAAAAUGAAUACAGAAGGAGAAGCUUCAGACAAACACUGCGCACGAAGUGGACCAAAUGGCUUGGUAUCUGCAUGCUGGUCGUCUUUGUGUUGGCGGCUGGUGUAGCAUUCACAAUAUCGCCGCGCAAGGAUAGACAGGCUUCUGUCGUACCCGUGACUCAGGCUUCAGCUCAUGCUGUGGCGACUGGAGCAUCUAUGACGCCAACGUCAACACAGCCCGCAUGGCCGAACGAGUCUGAAGGUGUGAUUGCACCUGACUUCACGGCGAUCCCAUGGCCUUCGCAGAGCGCAGCAGCCACCACGCCAAGCUCAUCGCCUCAGUUGGAGCAGAUAUUCCCAAUUCGAUGGCCGGCAAGGUGCGGGAAGAAGUAUAAUCUCAAGACGGAGAAGUACGAUUUCGGCUCUUCGAAAGAGGUCAAGAUCAAGGAAACCAUGCAUCAGCUUGACGGGCCGUACAAGCGUAUACAGGGCUGGGUGCACAUCACAAAAGCGCCCGCGGGUCAAGCCGACGGCACCAUUCACGCGAGGAUGUCUUACGCCGUGUCGCCUGCGAUUGACGUAGACAGUAUCAAGUACACCUCGACAUCGAAUAGUCUGAUUGUCGGGGGGUCAUCAAAGACCCCUAGCACCGAGAGCAUACCAGCUGGCUCCGCCUGUCUAGGUAUGUCGAUAGUGCUAUACAUGGCGCCAGGAACCACCCUUGACAAUCUCAAUAUUGAAGCCACACAUCUGGGUAUGCAGAUUCAUGGCGGUGUCAACUUCUCAGUCACAGACACGACGACCAUCUCGUUAACAUCCGGGACUCUCGACGCGUCGAUGCUGAACUCGCGACAGACUUACCUCAAAACGACCUCGGGCUCCAUCAGCGGAAAGUACGCACUUUCAGAUCUUCUGGCUAUCGAUACAAAGACUGGAUCAGUCAACAUCGAUAUUGCGCCAAAGGGUGUUGCGGCAGGGGUAUCCACACCUGCUGUGUUCAAAGCGAGCUCGCAAUCAGGCAGCUUGCGGGUAGACUUCGAGAGCAAAUAUAUUCCCGAGCGUGACUACCAAACGUUCAUCAACACGAUCGUGGGAUCAGUCGAUGGGACAUUCAUCCAUGGCUCGCGGACUGAACUCAGCACAGUAGCUGGCUCCAUGACUGCAGACAUUCUGCCGUACAGGUCUGGCGCUUUCACUUCAACGCUGGACACCAGCACACAUUCUGGGCGAAUGAACGUGACUCUUCGCGCGCCUUACAGGGCCAAAGGUAUGCCUUUGACGGGCUUGGUGAGUACACACAAGAGCGUGUCUGGCGGUGUGGGAUUGAAGUACCCGAAAGAGUGGCAGGGCCAUGUCGAAGGUACGAGUUUGAGCGGAGAGCUGCAUCUGCAAGGCAAAGAGCUAGAGCUGUUGCGCAAGAACGAUGAGCCGGGCAAGAAUCAUGUUGAGGCGAAGAAGGGAACGGGAGGGAGUAAGAUGGUGUUUGACACAGUGAGCGGAGGCUGCGACAUCAAAAUCGGGAAGAUCUAGUCAUAGAAACGUCAGCUCUGUAGAACCCCCUAGUGCGAAAUCGAAUGCACCAUGCACAGGUCCUUCCAUACGAGGCAAUCUGUCGCGAGACUCGAUGGGCGGGUCACGCCUUUGCUGAGAGCCUCCACAACAGGUCUACGAUGUGGUGAC